GUUGAGCGCGCCAACGUGAAGGUCCUGAGAGGCCUCAAGGCAAGAACCUUCAACAAGAAGCUUGAGGCCUGCGGCCGCCGCCGAGAUCUAAAAUUUCCCCCAGCCCGCCCGCCGCCGCCGCCGAGAUCUAAAAUUUCCCCCGCGCCGCGAGCAGCGCGCUUCCACCGCCGCCUAAUCCUCAGCCUCGCUGCCUCCUCCACCACCGCGCUCCAAUCCGAUCCAGUUCUUUGCCGGCCAUUACUUGUGCCUCCCCGACUGCCUUUUUCCGCCCCACCUCCGCCUCCGAGACCUAGAUCCCACCGCCGCACACAUCGCCGCCCAGCUCGUUGCUCGCCUGUACCUCCGCCCCCAUUUGACAUAUCCUUCCCGCUCAGCUCGACCGCCUGUUCCUCGUGGAUACGCCCCCUCUCCCUCAUCGUUAACUCGAUCUGGACGGUGCUCCCGCCGGCCGUCCGCGAACGAACCUCCCCGUCGGCAGCCGCGAACAAAACCCACGCCUGUUACACGAGUCCCCAAUCUUCCUCUAUGUCAUCGGCCUCAAGAGUAUGAUGUCCCUGCAACCCCGCGAGCCACAACACACCUUGACUGAACUUCUCCAGCUCCUUCGGAAGGUAAGAUGCAUGUCUCUGGUCUCCUUCUCUUCAGUGUUAGUUAAAACUAUAUUGUACAGGAAUUAAACAUUAAGUACUUGUUAUAGUCGGAUUUAUUCAAUCACUGGAUUCAUUGAUUAUCUUUUCGAGUCAUGUAAAUCUGUUACGUAUUUUAGUUGCUUUCCACAGUUAACUGUGAUUUUCACCAAUGUUUGCUAGUGAGUAAAUUGCAGAAAACCACCACUUUGAAGGCAAGGUCUGCGAAAACCACUACAAUACAUUUCUUUUGCAAAAACCACCGUGUCUUCCGUAAUCUUUUUGCAGAAAGCACUGAUCGGCGGAUCGGGGUCAGUUAAGCUUGUUUAUGACAGGCGGGGCCCGUUUUUUGCGCAUGUGCCACCGUCGGCCGCCCCGACAGCCGUUAGACGGCGUUUGACGGUGCCGUAUGCCUCUGUUUGAUGGACCGGUCAAAAGACCUGUCGGUGCUGCCCCCACUCCACACUCCCCACUCUGUAUCUCUGCUCUUUCGCUCAGUCCUCCUCUGUCUUGCUCCUCUGCUUUGCUCGCCGCACCCGCCGCCGCGUCGCCGCGCCCCCGCCGCGACGCCAUGGUGUCCUGGAGCGAUGAGUCCGAUAGCAGCGAGCACACCGUGGACUACGUCAGCUCAGGUUCUGACGACAACAGAAUUAAGUAUUCCUAUGCACUACAGAUCCCUACUACCACUGAAGACUCCGAUUUCGAGGGACCUGAAACGGAGUUGCUUGUUCUCUGCAAUGAACAUCAGAAGGCCGCAGAAAGGCGUGUUACUUUCGAAGGAAUCCACAUUGGCAGGAGGUUUCUUUGUUGUGCUGAGAAGGAAGGUGGAAACUGUGGAUUAGUUGAAUGGAUUGAUCCAGCUUGGCCCAUCACCCUUGAGAAUGCAUUAACCAAGUUAUGGUUUAUAUAUGACCAAAGUAGGAGAGACAGGACUGAGGAAAAUCUUAUGCAUUCAUUUGUUGUUCAUGACCUGACACAAGAGAAGAAGAAGCUGCAGGAGAACUAUGAGAAGUUGGUUGAAGAUGUGAAUGGACUUUUGGAUGCUCAGGAAAGGAGGGCAGAGGUAGAAAGGAAAGAUCUUGAAACCAGCAAGCUUCAGGAGAAGUAUGACAUGGUUAAGAACUUAGCAGCUGCUCAAGCAAAUGUCAUUAGGAACAUGAAGCUCAAGCUAGCUGAAGAGAGGAAGAACUUGCAGAACCACAUUGAUGAGCUGAACAAGACAGUUGAAGAGAGGAAGAACUUGUAGAACCACAUUGAUGAGCUGAAGAAGACAGUUGAAGAGAGCAAUGUGAAGCUGCAGCGGGUCAAGGCCAUCAUAAAUGGAUAAGCAGGUGGUUGUGGAAGAGAAGAAUGGGCAAUAUCAUUUGGCAUUUGCUGACCUUUUGUAGUGUGUGGUUUGGCAUUUGCUGUAAUGAUGGUAGUUUAAAUUGUAUGAACUAUGAGUACUUCUGAACUAUGGUUAUGUAAUGUAGUAAUCUUCAACUAUGAUUAUGUAUGGAUUUG